CCCAUCCGAUGCGUUGUAUCGCCGCAAUCGACACUACUUCGUCUACGACGCCAGUGUUCCCGAGCUCAAGCACAUCAAGCAGCCCGGCAACGACCACCCAGAGCUAAUGGGUUCAGAUAUGGCAAUCCUUCUCACCUCUGCCUCUAUGACCAUGAUACCAACUCCUGGAGCAAGCUGCCAGUGAAUGUCGAUUCAGUCCCCGACGCCGACGAGUUCAUCACAUACAAGGCAAUCACAAUCGGAGGUGAUGAAGGAACAGUGGCCUGGGUUGAUCUCUCGCAUAUGAUCAUCUUCUGCAACGUGCUGGACAAACACCCCAAGCCUCAUUUCUUAAGACUGCCUAGCAAUGCAACUCGAUCGCCCGCUGUUCGGGACGUUUCAGUCCUUAAUGGCUUCAUCAAGAUGGUCGAGCUGGAGCACCGUGCUAUUGGUUGGAAGGCCACAAUAUGGAGCAUCAAGACUGGCAUCUUCUCCAAAGCGCAUUGGAGUGUCGAUUGCCAGUUCGAUUCCUCUGCUAUACCUGAACCGCCGCUGCCUAAGCUGAAGGUCCGUGAAGGUGUCACAGCUCAGCCUACCUUGUCGACUCUCCAUAUUGGCCUGCCCAAGCUGAGCCUGCAAGAUGAUUGCAUUCUUUACUUACUAGCUAAGAUUGACUACCGCGACAGGCAGCACACAUCAUGGGUGCUUGCUGUUGACAUGAAGAACAACACUGUCCAGAGAGUGGCUGAGUUUAGCCCCAAGAGGGCUAUUGGUUUAGCCAGGGGCUACGAUUCAAGUACGAUCUCCAAAUAUCUCAAAGUUGGUCCAGGGAAAGGCGUGCAAGAAGCUGAGCAGUGACCGGAGAUGACGCCAUGGUGAUUAACAAGUGGAAGGAGUUUGCAUUUGAGCUGAACUGGAGUAUAUGACCUGAAAAUAAUGCAUGUGCAUUGAUGGAGGGUGUCUCAGGACUAUCCUUCGUUUGUCUGUUUCUAGACCUUUUUUAUUAAUAUGUAUCCAUCUCGUCUAUAUUGCCUCAACACCGACUCUUGUCGCUUUAUUUAUUAUGUGAUCUGCAACAAGAUAAUAUGAACUAUAUUAUAUCAGUUGUACUACCCUUUGUUUUGACU